AUCAUCUGUUUCAAAUUAUGGAGGCGUGUCACGUAAACACGACAGAAGAAGACAACCAUAGAACUUCAGUUUUUAUAUAAAGAGAAAAAUUACACAUUUCUCCAGUGGUCUGCGGGUUUUGCUUCUAGGAGCCCACAGGCACACACAUUGCAAUGCCCGCUGAAGCCCCCACGGUAACGGGCAUCUCGCCCAAAGAAGGUCCACCUGGCACCAGGGUCACUAUACGAGGGCAGCACUUUGGGAACAGCCCCCGCGACCUGAUGGGACUGACAAUUUGCGGCUGCAACUGUCUGCUCUCCGCUGAAUGGGUCUCUCCGAACAAGAUCAUCGCAAGGUCUGGCCCUGCCAAUUGCAAGGGUGACAUCAUCGUAAUGACCAGACAGGGCGGUAUCGGCGCCUCCACAGUGCAGUUCAGAGGCUACAUGGAAACGGUUGGACCAUUGAAAGAUAGCGCCGUGUGGGUCGAGGAGGAGAUCAGCAACUGGGGCCGCCGCGCAAUGUCCACCACUGCAAUGCAGCAACAGGACCCUCUGGGACUCUCGGUUGAAGACUCAUCUAAAUCGCUACCAGAUGACCAGAUGAAUCAGUACUUUCCUCAUCCAAGUAGCGAGUCUCUCUCAUCCGAAGAUUUUGUGCCCGCGCGAUUUCUGCUCAAGAACCACCAUGGCACAAGUUUUGAUGAUCUUAAAGCUGGACUUUCCCAUUUGCAGCGAAAGGUCGGCGCACACAAGGAAGGCCAGCUGUCAUUUCUUAAGGCCAAUGUGGGCGCUGUUAUGGACCAACUGGACACGUUAUGCGUGCUGCGGGACAAGUUUGAGCAAGACGCGCUGCAGGUGCGCAUGAUGCCAACCGUUCGUUUGGAGCAAAGCAUUGAAGAUUCACGGCGAGAGGCAGACAGACUCUUCAAGGAGGUGCUCAACCGCAGAGAGAAUGCGGACGCCACCAGAAACGCUUUGUCCGCAAUGCAGAGGAAUAAAUUCCUAUUCCUGCUUCCCACCAGCAUCGAGAAAAACAGCAUCAAAGGCGACUAUGAUUUGAUUGUAAACGACUACACGCGGGCCAAGUCGCUCUUUAGCGAUUCGGACAUUGAGAUUUUCAAGAGGGUGUUUGAGGAGGUGGACAAAAGGAUCGACUCGUUGAUUUCCAGACUGAAAACGCAGCUGACAACGAUGCCGUGCACCCUGGAGGACCAGAAAAAAUUGGCCAGGAACCUGGCCAGCUUGGAUGGUGACAACAAUCAUGCAUGGAACGCGAUCGAGGCGAGGUACAACUACCUGCUAGAGUCGCUCACUGCGCCGCAUGAAAAACCACUUGAAAUUUCCAACAAUGCUCUAAGCCCCUCUUCUAAACUGGGUGGUGGACAAAACUGGCAGGGAGAGUUACCGAGCAAAAUUCAAACCGUAGAGGAUUGUUUGGAAGUGUUUUCCUUCCAGUUUCCAGAGCUGUGGAAGCUCGGUCAGUCCUACUUCAGCGGAGAGCUGCAGGUGGAAGCCUCUUCAGGCCACAAUAAAUCUUUUAAAGACAUAAUUCUGAGGAGUAUUAAGAUGCUGUGCGAGAUCGUCAAGGAAAACCUUACUAUGCCUGCGAGCACCUUGACACCAAAGCACAAAAUUUCGAACAAGAACAGCACGGAUUUUGGGCCUUGGCUACCGCAGUGUCUCACUGAGGUGGUUUUCCUCUACAAAAGUCUAUGUGGACUAGAUUUGCCGUCUGACGCCUUAGCCCUGAUUAACAACCUCAUUCAAGACUUGAGAUUCCAUUGUUUGCUGGUGAUUAUGAAGCAGACGAGCGAGCAGGUGCGGAUGCUGUACAAACAGGAGACGUGGGUGCACGACCUGCCAAGCGCCACCCUCCCUGGAAAGCAAAGUGGUGGCUUGGUAACAGCACUUCCCUCGCUCUUUGAGAGCAAGGUCACGGACGCUGUCACGCUGCUGAAGGAGUCUAUUUUCGUCCACAUUCCCGGCGAGACAACUGUCAACCCCAUUUUGGCCAACCCCUCUGUACACUCGCAGUACGGCUCCCUUGCGCAGAGCAUUUUCCAGGGAUUUGUUCAGACCUUGGAGCACCUGUCAUCAAGCAAGGAAGUGAUGAGUGCGACGCCCAUGUUCCUGUCGCAGAUCCUGACGAGUUCGCUACCGCCAACAAGGCAGUCUGGCAACAGGAAGCUGCCCAGUGAGAAUCCGCAACUCAUAAUACUGAGCAAUUGUCUAUAUACAAGAGAUGUCGUGCUCCCUUCUGUGAUGAAAAGUCUUGCAUCCCUCACCGGAGACCAAGAAACGCCACCCCUUCUCCUGGCUCGUGAAACGGCGGUCAACUUGUUGAGUGAUUUGGAUAAGCAACUUUGCGAGAAGUACCUGGAAAGCAAGACCGACCCUCUGGUGGGCACUAUAGAGCCUUCGAUGUACAUUGGAGAGUUUGACUGGGCAAAGUUGCCAGAGAGAAGUGUCAUUGAAAGAGGCGACUUGCGGCCGUAUAUCAAAGAAAUCCUCGCCAAUCUGAUUUCAGUCAAUUGCGAGGUGCAGAACGUGUUGCCUAGUCAGUGCCGGCGGCUUCUGUCCUAUAUUGUAGAGAUGAUCGCCGAGGAGGUGUCUCGCCUCAUGACCUGCAUUCCCAACUUCAAUGACGAAGGCGUUUUGCAGGCCCACAUCGACCUCGCGUUCCUGAGAAAAACGCUGUCACCCUUCUGCACGCCAACGGCCAAGGCCUUUUUUAACGAAGCUUUGGAGGCAGUGCCGCCAGUGCAGAGAGCAGAGCAUAAGAAAGCCAUGGAGCACAUCUUCAUUGGAAUUGAGGCCAAAAUGAGACUGCAGUUGCUCUGUUUGAAACAGUGAAAAUAAUAUUAUUGAUUUGUUAUGCUGUAUAGAUAAUUAAUUAAAACCCAGUUAACCAGAAACUCGUGCCGUUGAUUUUUGUUUUGAAAUGAAACCCCAGUCUACAAUGGUAGCCAUCUUUAUUAGACAGUAUGUUUCGUUAUACAAUAUUAUAUAAUUAAAUAUUAUGCAUCACAAAUAAUCGUCAGUGAAGUUGCUACGUGGCUAAGUAGGCAAAGUGUUAUUAAAAGUGUGUACAACAUUAAAAUAAGUCGUCAAACUAUAUUCGAAACGUGAAUCGGUAUAAAUUUUUAUCCUUCUGAUAUACAAUUAAAAUAUUCUGAUAUAAAAGGAGAGAGGCGUGUAAAAUUAAACCAAGCACCGUGCGCGAGAGAGGACAAUCGAGUGACAUCUCGCCGAAUAUAAAGGAGAUUCUCACAGACU